AUGACAGAGAGUGUAGCAGAUACUGCCUCAGCUGCUGUCGCACAGAAAAUUGUCAUGGACUAUUUCAUGUCAAUUAUGACUGAUAGAGAGAAUGUACCUGUUUUUUAUGCACGAGAUGCAGUUUUAUCGUGGGAAAAUCAAAAUUACAACGGUCAACAACAGAUUAAAGAGUUAUUUUCAAAACUCCCAGAACAAGUAACAUUCAAAAUCAGCGGUUAUGAUGUUCAACCCGUAAUUAGAACAGAUUUAUUAACAACUGUGAUUGUUUUUGGAACAUAUCAAGUUUCUGGAUUCAAAUUACAAGAUUUCCAUAGCGUCUUUUAUGUUUAUGUUCGCAGAAAUGAAGGAAUCGCAUAUAUUAAAUAUCAAGUCUUCACUACAUUCUAA